CUCUCUAAUGUUUGCAUGCUUGCUCAGCAUUGCUUAACCCAUGUGUCUUUGUUUUUUUUUUUUACAGGUGUGGGCUAUGCUACACGUAAAAUAGGCAACAUGACCAAGCCCACCACCAUCAUCUCAGUGGAGGGCGACAAGGUGACAGUGAAGACCCAGAGCACCAUUAAGAACACAGAGCUCUCCUUCACGCUGGGAGAGGAGUUUGACGAGACCACCGCCGAUGACAGGAAGGUUAAGUCCAUUGUAACAGUAGAGGAUGGGAAGUUGGUGCACAUACAGAGAUGGGACGGCAAAGAGACCAGCCUGGUCAGGGAAGUCGACGGCAACGCCCUCACACUGACGCUCACAAUGGGAGAUGUCGUUUGCACACGUCGCUACGAAAAGGCACAGUAAAACGUAACACUGAAACCUCCCUCCAGCAUCUACUUGCAUCAACUAAAGCCCUGCACCCCACCUUAUCCCAGGCCAAGCAAACUACUCAUAUGGCUGCUGCCACUUCCUCAUACUGUACACUCAGUAUUAACAUUACUGAUGAAUGUGACCUCUUUUUUCUCCCUCUCCCUCUCUUUAUACUGUUGUUCCUUUUACUGUAAAAAAAAAAACACUCAAUAAAUUCCAAUGGUUUGUUGUUGUUUUCUUUC